AUGGAAGAAGGAAAAGUCUCUCCUCUUCAUAUUGAUAAUUUUUGUGAAAAACUCUUCUACAACUAUAUAAUGUGCGUUAAUGGUUUGUUUUGCUGCUCGAUGCGCAACGUGGACGGUGUUGCAAUUUGCAAUCCUAGUACGAAAGUUGUAAGAUCUCUUCCCCGCUUGAAAGAAUGUCCUAAAAUUGAUUGUGCUGAGUAUUUCUGUUCAAUGGGUUUUGAUCCAGAAGAAAAGACGUAUAAAGUGUUGAUGACAAUUAACGGAUUUGCAAAGCCUACAAGAAAUUGGGUUUUUACUUUAGGUAGAGACGAAGAAUCAUGGAGAGAGAUUAAAGGUAUUACUGAUUUUGUUGGUAUGAAUGCAGUUUGUGUUAGUGGAGUUAUCUAUAUGUUGAGUUACAGUAAGCCUAAAAUAUUCGUAUUAGGGUUUGAUGUUAAAAGUGAAAAUUUCAGAAUGAUGAAUUCGUUAGAUGAACACAUGAUAGGUGGGAGUAAUUAUUAUUACAUAUUAAAAGUGAAUGGGAAAUUAGCAAUCCUUAAUAAGAAAAUUUGGUACUUGGAAGGCAAUUUUGAUCUGUGGAUUUUAGGAAAAGAAGAAUGGGAGAAACAUAUGAUUGAAAUUCCAGCAGAAAGUCCAGAAUAUAAACGACUAACAUUUUGCGGAACUUGUGACGGAGAGAUUUUAUUCACCAACAAGCUUGCGUCAGAGUCCGACGGAGACUUGGACUUAAGCCUUUUUGCUGGUUUCUGGUGUCUGGUCGCGGGUCCCUUAGGCGUUCGUGGGAGGAAAGUGCCUGGGCACCAUGUUCGUGGGAGGAAUGGUCGCAUUCGAGUGUAA